UUCGCUGCAGCCCAGUUCUUGCUCGGACUCACCCACCACCACUUCCACCACCACCACCACCACCCCCGAAAGCACUACAUACACGAUGUCCGGCCAGCACCAGCUCCCCGAUCUCCCGUACGCGUACGACGCGCUCGAGCCCUUCAUCUCCCGCAGAUCAUGGAGCUUCACCACAAGAAGCACCAUCAGACCUACGUGACCGCCCUCAACGCUGCUGAGCAGGCAUACGCGAAGACCUCCUCGCCCAAGGAGCGCAUCGCCCCAGGCGCGCUCAAGUUCAACGGUGGUGAACUCGCGCCCUCCGCUCCGGGGCAAGGGCAACGGCGGCGUCCUCAAGGACGGCCCCUCAAGACUGCCAUCCUCGAGAGCUUCGGUACCUUCGACCAGUUCAAGAAGGAGUUCAACACCGCGACCGCCGGCAUCCAGGGCUCCGGUGGGGCUGGCUCGCGUGAACCCACGAACAAGCGCCUCGAGCUUGCCACGACCUCCAACCAGGACCCGCUGCUCUCGCUCGUGCCCGUCAUCGGCGUCGACAUCUGGGAGCACGCGUUCUACCUCCAGUACCUCAACGCCGAGAAGCGCUACCUCGAGGCCAUGGCAGCUCCAAGCUCUAAAUGCUGUACCUAGUUGUGGGCGAAUGCUUUUGUCGCGAGGGGAGAAGGAAGAAGUGUACGAUGUGGCGACGUGAAGUGGAAAAUAAGCAAUGUAUAGUGUUGUGCAAUGACAUGCCUCUUGCUCUGAACCUGGAUGCUGAAUACCGCCGCUCAUGCGUGCUGUUGACUCCGCAGUGUCAGUGCAGUACGUGCCCCGGUGCAUGAGACUGCUAGAGGCAACGUCGCGUCUUUCCCAACUGAUUGGGCUUAAGUACAUUCACUCCUAUAUCUCCAACAGUACUCCAGCAGGCUUCUGUCAUAUAGCUUUGUAUCGUAUACGAAAUUUCGGCUGUGCACACAACGGCCGUACUA